AAUCAUUAACCAUGAUAGUGGGAGGGCCUCAAUUGGUCCGACAGCUGAGGCAAAGGUGUUUCUUUAUCUGAUGGAUGUCUUCCAUAAAGGCUUGUGACAACAGAGCUAGGCAACAGUUGCAAACCGAGGAGUUUAUGUUCAAAAAGUGGCAAUGCUUUCCUCUGUGGGACUGAGCCUUGUGGUGCUGCUUUCAGUAGUGGGAGCAGCCACAGUGGAGAGGGUGGAGUAUGACUACUACAAAUACCAUCCAAUGCCAGAGAUCACAGACUGGAUGUCUCAGGUGCAGAAGGAUUACCCUGACGUUGUGACCAUAGUGGAAUACGGACAGACCUAUGAGAAGAGGACUAUUAAGUUGCUCAAGAUCGGCGUUAGUACGGGAGAGAAGAAGAAAGCUAUCUGGAUGGACUGCGGUAUACACGCCAGGGAAUGGAUCGCCCCGGCCUUCUGUCAGUACUUUGUCAGAGAGAUCCUUCAAGCAUACAAAAGCGACCCAAAAAUGCAAGCGAUGAUGAUGAAUAUGGACUUCUAUGUCACCCCUGUGCUCAACAUGGACGGAUACAUCCACACCUGGAAGGACAACUCGACUCGACUGUGGAGAAAGAACAGGUCACCGGGACCUACAAACUGCACCUGUCUCGGCACUGACCUCAACCGCAACUUUAACGCCAACUGGGGCACACUCGGGAUUUCCUAUGACUGCUGCUCGAACAUCUACUGCGGGACCCAACCUGUGUCCGAGCCCGAGGCCCAGGCCGUCACCUAUUUCGUAGGAAGCCGAAAAGAAGACUUCCUGUGUUUCCUCACCAUCCACUCCUACGGCCAGCUGCUCCUGGUUCCAUAUGGACACCCCGACUUCACCGCCGACAACUACGAUGAGCUGAUGAAGGUUGGUUUGGGUGCAGCAGACGCCAUUCGGAGCGUGCACGGGAAGAAUUACACUGUAGGAACCUCCCCAGAUGUGUUGUACGCCAACUCCGGUUCAUCCAGAGACUGGGCCCGGAUGCAGGGGAUCCCCUUAGCUUACACCUUUGAGCUGAGAGAUAACGGGACAUUUGGCUUCGAGCUUCCCCAGGAUCAGAUCCAGCCGACCUGCGAGGAGGCCUACAGCGGAGCCCUGCACAUCAUCACCUACGCCCACGACAAGACCUUUAGUGGUGCCCCUGCAACUGCUGCAACCCUGUGGAGCAUGCUGUUAGCCGUGGGGGUCACUAGCACCACCCUGAUGUAAAGGGAGAGAAAAAACUAAAGCUGUGUGGCUUAUCUUGCGUAUGUUGCGUAUAGUUUCAAGGACAGCUCCCAUUUUUACAACGCCAUGUUGUUUAUCCUCAUUUAAGACAUUUUUGUUGAUGAAUUAUAAUCAAAAGUAUGUAAAUGCAUGAUAAAUGCACCUUUGAUUCAAACUUUUAUAAAUAAAUACAUAUAUAUUUGUUCAUAAACGUCCAUACAUUUCUUAUUCCAGGCCAUGCCUGACACAUAUCCACACAUCUUUUUUUACAUAACUGAAUAUGACGACAUUUAAAAAACAUCUGGUGCCAAAGAGCAAUAUUAAAAAAUACCAUCUUUAAA